UUUAUUUUGAGGCAUCAUGGCUGCCCUUCGGCCUCUGGUGAAGCCCAAAAUAGUCAAAAAGAGGACCAAGAAGUUCAUCAGAUGCCAGUCAGACGGAUAUGUGAAAAUUAAGGGAAACAGGCGGACACCCAGAGGCAUCGACAACAGGGUGUGGAGAAGAUUCAAGGGCCAGGUCCUGAUGCCCAACAUUGGUUACGGGAGUAACAACCAAACCAAGCACGUGUUGCCUUGUGGUUUCCGGAAGUUUCUGGUGCACAAUGUCAAGGAGCUGGAAGUGCUGCUGAUGUGCAAUAAAUCUUACUCUGCUGAGAUUGCUCACAAUGUGUCCUCUAAGAACCGAAAAGCCAUUGUAGAAAGAGCAGCACAGUUGGCCAUCAGAGUCACCAAUCCCAAUGCUAGGCUAUGCAGUGCAGAAAAUGAAUUGAUGGCUUGUUUUCCAGAGCCCUUAUCAUUUGAGUUGAAUGAACCAGUUCUUCAGUCUGCUUCCCCCAUGACCUUCCCAGGGAUGACAACUGCCCUUGUCAUCUUUUCAGACCUGGAUCUCUAUCAAUAUGAAAAUAUAUUGUAA